CUCUUCUUGGAGAGUCACAAACACCAAACCAAACCUCUCUUAAUGCUCCUCUUGUACUGCUGUGUGAGCCGUGGCCAUGACCUCGCACGCGAUUGGACGAAGGCGAGAAGCCUGUCGGGCUCCUCCAAUCACACGCGAGGUUAUUGAUAUAAGGAAAAUCUUGUGAGACGUGCGCGCAUGCGUAUGAUAUAAACAACAAACGCGAUGUGCCGGGAGCUCUGUGUGAUAUCAACACAGUGUGCUGUCAGUUGAAAGAUGGAAGUCCCAAGACUGAAGAAACGACCUUGGCGCUUCUGUGAACAAUAACAUUGCAACACUGAACUGUGUCAUACACAGUAUUUUGACCACAGAAAGCGCUAUUUCAAAAAUGGAGUUUGGGAGAAAAAAUCCAAAAGGACUACGUCAGGUCAGAUAACGUACAGAGCCUGCUGCUAUCCAGUCAUGAACCCGCUGUGAGUGAUGUCCUGUCAUGUGUAAAGACCCGGAGGAUAACUUUACUGGAGUUAGAGAGAUUGGUGAAAGUAAAAUGCAAUCCGAGGACCCAGAAAAAAAGUGAUUGAAGAAUUUGAAGAAAUGCACCCAGCGAAUUGCAGUUCAGACAACGACGAAACAGCAGAUGACCAAAGCAUUCAUCUUUUCCUGGACAUCUCCUGUUGUGUGGAUGACUAUGUGGAUGAAGAGGGGGAAAUCCUUGCUGAGGAGCAGAGUGAAGCCUAUCCUCACAUACAAGAUGGGGAGGAGCAUGGAAGUGAUCAGUCCAGAAGUGAAAAAACAGAACACUUGUUGAUGAAACUUUUGGCCAUGAUGAAAUUGACUGGUAUCCUCCGUGACGACUUCUUACAGUAUGUGGUUUGUCCAAAAUGUAUGACAGUGUACAUCCUUACUGAAACCUAUGAGCGCAGACGGGAUGGUACAAAGGUUUGCAGGACUUGUGGUCACAUCCCAUUCUACAAUCACCCACAGCAGAGGUCUGCAUUAAGGAAGAAAUAUGGCUCUGCCUUGCUAAUAAAGGCUACAUAUUCGAGCCGUGAAGAGUAUGUCCAUCCAAUACGUUCUUACUGUUACAAGAGUGUUGUGCAGUCUCUGGGAGGACUUGUUAAAAGACUUGGAUUUGAAGAGAAAUUAGAUGAAAGGCGAAAGCGGGAACUGCCAAAGGGUGUGUUAGGAGAUGUAAAUGAUGGACAAGUAUGGCAGGAUUACCAGUAUGUGAAUUCAAUAAACUGUAGUCAUGCCACUAUGCACAGUAUUUGAGCUGUGAUGUAAUUGCACAAGUUACCUUGCUUCAUUCCCAUCCGGACAGACAUUUUGUUGUUUGACAUGUUGUUUGAUGGUGUUUGCAUAGAAUGCACAAAUUGAGCCUGAUUAAAACUCUGUUAAAACAAUUAAAAUUGUUGAAAUAAAUA